UAAGACAUAUCUCAUCACUAGGCUUUACCGACCAAGGAUUCAAGACAUCCUCAAAAACCAGUGUAAAAUCAUCUUCCAAAUGAAUAGUCCAGAAUUUCAGUGGUGCUUAAUGCUGCUUAGGAUAUUAAGAAUUCAUUUGCAAGUGAUAUAUUCUACGUCGCUCAAAAAUUCCGAAGAAAUCGAUCCGUAAUUUUUUUAUUUGAAGACUUUUAAAAGUUAGCAACAACUGGAAAAAUAUGGUACUGUAAUGCAAAGUUUUCUCCGAGUUUCAGAUGAACUUUUACAAAGGGAACUAUUUUUUGGAACAAAAUACAAUUACGGUUAGUCUUUUAGAAUUUCUUCUUUUCAUCUGAAUAUUCAUAAAACUCUGUUUUAAGUUAAAAAAGAAGAAUUGUACUUUCCAUUUAUCUUUCUAUUAUCUUAUCCAGAUGACUCUGAAGUUUGGAAAAGAAAAACAAAGCUGCAGCUUCAUUGAUUUUUACUCAAGAAAUGAGGUCAGGCUCCAUGCACUUAAUUUAAAACCUACGAAAUAACCUUAUAAAUAUUCCUGUUGGCGAGUUAUCAAUAAAUAAAUAAAUAAGUAAAUGAGAUACAAGUAAGUAAAGGCCUGGAAAUCGACAUUUUGUGAUGAUUUUCCUUUUAUCUUUCACGAUUCACGAUGCAUUUGGCUAAUUAUGCUUGAUUACUAUUUCUUCGGAAGAUAUAAAGUGAUUUCUAAAGUAAAAAUUAAAACCUGUUCGUUCAUUAUGAAUACUGAUCUUCGAAUUGCUUAAAGGAGAUAGCUGGUCUAUCAAUGAGAUGUGACCAAUGUUUUUAUGACAUCAAAAUAAGUUUUUAUGUCCGUUCACUCUCAUUUUUUGCCACUUAACAAAUAACAUCAAAAAGCCAUUAAGAUCCAACGUGUAAUCAUAGUGUUUUGCUGUAUAUGAGACACUCUAUCGAGAGUGAAAUUGCGUGGCACUUCGACUUAUCUUCGACCAAAAUAACUUUCGAUUGUAGAGGCCGGGAAAGAAGCGCCCCACUACUAUCGAAUGAAAGCUGUGAUAAGCUAGCUUGUGCUAGAGGGACAUUUAUUCUUUUUGGUCUCACUUCUGAAUUAUUACUCAAGGGGAGAAAUUACAUUACUUUAUAUUUGCUCUAAUUUUCUAAUAUUUGAUACGUUAAUGUUAAAUGACCAAGCUGAUUACAUCUAUGUCAAAGCAGAUUUUAAAAGAGUAGAUCACUGAAAUUAGAUGCUUUAAAAUUUUAAUACUGUUAUGGCAACCCAUGUCAUGUUGAAUUAGAAAUGAAGAUUUUUCUAUAGUGCAUAUCUUACAAAGAGCUUUCCAGAAUUCAUACUCACUUUUCUAACUCAUCUGAAAGAUAAUUCAAUAUAUUCUGCUACAUUUAUCAAAUUGCACUGUCUCUGAACUCGAAUUUGUAACAGAAAUUUAUAAGAAUGAAAAUAUUCUGCUCUCUUUUGAUAUCUUCCAAGAGGAAAAGAUGUUUUAUGGUCUGGAUGGAUAAAAGCUAUGUAACCUUAUUUUGGAAUACAGUUAUUUGAACAACAAAUUCUGCUUUUCUGACAAGCAUAGUUGGAUACUGUGAUUCAAGAACUCGCGAAUUUAUAUAAGUAGUAACAUUCACUAUUCCAAAAGCUUUUUUCUCUCGAUUUAUCACCUAUUUAAAAGGUCAUGGAGAAGCAUUUGUAUACAUACUUUGGUACUCAUAACUCUUCAAAGAAUUGAAAUCUCAGUGUUGCCUUAAAAUAUGAUGGCCUCUUUACUUAGAAUAAUCAGCCCCUGAAAGUGUACGACAUGUCCUUGGUUAUGGUGACGCCUGCACCCGACGAGUCCGGUGUGGACAGCAGUAUUUCUCAGCAACAAACUGUUGAACGACAAGAUUCUCAGCCUCCACCAGCUUUGCCAAGUCUCAGUAUCAGUGAGUCAGAAAACGCCAAUGAAAAUUUUUUGUUGGAGAUGGGUAGGCAGAAGUCUGUUGACUCCACAAUAUUGUUUCCUCCAGUAUAUAAUAACAAGAAUGCUUUGCAGUUCGGGAGGAUGCAUUCAGAGCCAGAAAGACCUUUACCUUUGGUCGAGUUCCAGCCUUUAGAGCAACAGGCAGUUAAUAACACCUCGGAGCUCAAUGUCGGAUCUGGCUCCCCUCAGGCGAAUUACAGAUCUUGUCCUGAAAUACGGCCAGAGAUUCAAGUGCAACCAGCGACGCUUCAAAGGGAAAUUACGGAACGGGAGCCCGAGAGAAGACUUCUGAGGCAACCGCCGGUAGGGGGCUUCACCAGCGGCGGCCGAGCGUCGGUGGGCGGUGGCAGAAGUCACCUGUGGCCGCCUCACGCGAGGCUCGGCCUCAGCUCCCGUCUCGAACACUCGUUUCUGACGAAGACCGUCUCGCGGGAGAGCGUGGCUGCGUCCCUGCGCCAGCUGUACAGGGACCCGCCGCCACAGAGCAACGAGUUUGCCGAGAUAGCUGCCGAUUCCAUGCGGGUCAAUGGCGCUAUUCGCCAGUUCAAGCAGCUCCGCAAGCCCACCAGUUACUCCUCGAUCAUGUCCAUCGAGCAUGCAUGCUCUAUGAAAGGCCAAAACUCGACGGACAGCGAAACGGCGGCCAUAGCCCUGGUCGGCGUAACGCCGGAACAGCCCCUGUCUGAGGACGCGAAGAAGAAACAACCCUUGUCGGGAUUUCACAAGCCCAGCGUCGGCUACCGCCUUGGCCGGCGGAAAGCCCUCUUCGAGAAGCGGAAGAGGAUCUCCGACUAUGCCCUCGUCAUGGCCAUGUUCGGCAUCAUUAUGAUGAUUGUAGAAAAUGAACUCUCUGCAGCUCUAGUUUACAAUAAGGCUUCAGUAUUUUCUACAGCUGUGAAAACACUGAUUUCCGUCUCUACGCUUAUGCUUUUAGGACUCAUAGUUGCUUAUCACGCUCUUGAAGUACAGCUAUUCAUGAUCGAUAAUUGUGCCGACGACUGGAGGAUUGCGAUGACACCUCAAAGGAUCUCACUCAUCUUCCUAGAGUUGGCUGUCUGCGCCGUCCAUCCCAUUCCUGGGGAAUAUUAUUUCACGUGGACCACUAAGCUGGCAAACCAGAACGGCAUCGUCGAGUCACGUAAGGUGCCCAUUGACGUAACUCUGUCCUUGCCCAUGUUCCUACGCCUGUACCUCAUCUGCAGGGUGAUGCUCCUGCAUAGCAAACUCUUCACCGAUGCGUCAUCCAGGAGCAUCGGCGCUCUGAACAGAAUAAAUUUCAACACGAGGUUCGUCCUCAAGACUCUCAUGACCAUUUGUCCAGGAACCGUGCUCUUGGUCUUUAUGGUCUCACUUUGGAUUAUUGCAUCUUGGACGCUCAGGCUAUGUGAACGAUAUCAUGACGAGGAGCACGCCAACUUACUUAAUACUAUGUGGUUGACGGCCAUUACUUUCCUAUCAGUCGGCUACGGCGACAUAGUGCCCAACACCUACUGUGGACGCGGCAUCUCUGUGAGCACGGGGCUGAUGGGCGCUGGGUGCACGGCACUGGUUGUUGCUGUCAUCGCCCGCAAACUCGAGCUUACCAGAGCAGAGAAGCACGUCCACAACUUCAUGAUGGACACUCAACUGACCAAAAGGUUAAAGAAUGCCGCCGCCAAUGUUCUCAGAGAAACGUGGCUCAUUUACAAGCACACUAAACUGGUUAAGAGAGUAAAUCCAUCAAAAGUUAGAGCACACCAAAGAAAGUUCCUGUUAGCUAUUUAUUGUUUGAGAAAAGUGAAAAUGGAUCAGAGGAAGCUGAUGGAUAACGCAAAUACUAUAACAGACAUGGCAAAGACGCAGAAUUCCGUGUAUGAAAUGGUAUCUGAAAUGAACCAAAGACAUGAAGUUCUAGAGGCAAGAGUGCUGUCAUUAGAGGAACGUUUAACUGUUAUUCAAGAACAAUUAGAAGCACUUCCUGAUGUGCUGACUAAAGCAUUAUCAGUCCUGCCACAUCUAAGUGCAAGUGAAGCCCAUCAAACAAGUGAUUCCCAGCAGCAGACGGCUCAGCAACCUAGCAAUCGUCAUGUUUAUCUUCAUCCUGAUGAUGCAGCAUCGUUAGCUAGCCGGCCGAACUGGACAUCUGUCAAUCUAGGAUGCAGUAACAGGACUGCUUUACCUCCACCCCUAGUACCCCGUGCAUUAUCUACAGAAAACUGACAUUUUGAAAUUAUAUUUCUUUACCUAUUAUGGUGCAGCUAUUUGAAACAAAAUACCUCAGUGCUGGGUCAGAAAGAGCUGCAUAAAUGGUGACUGCUUAAAUAUGGUCAUAUCACAUAAAUGCUAUUCAGAGACACAGCAACUGAACAGCACAUUUGGCAUAAUUUAUAUCUAUGUUCUUGAAGGAAAUGCAGAUGAACUUGCCUUUAUUCCAACAGGGGUUUUAGCGCAAUGUGAAUCGAAAUGGCAAAUCAUGGCUGGUGUCGUCUUUUAAACAUGCAUUACUUACAUGGCGCACUUACUGCAUUUAAAGGCACGCUUCAAAAAGACUGCAUAGCAGGAAAUUAUUGAUCAAGCACGCACAACAAUCAAAUGCACGCAGUUAGAAAAAAAAUAAUUCUCUAAAAAAUAGUAAAUAUAUCUUGCUUACAAAGUUCUAAAAUGUACAAAAUUUCAACCAUAAACAAACGGCAGAGAGCAUCUUUUCAUAUAUCUUUUACCAAGUUCAGUAAACUAUUAUAUAAAUAAUAUUAAUCAUCAUAAUGUGAUUAAUGUUGAGGGGGAAAAUAAUCAUAUCACUUUAUUCAACAAAUAUCUAGUCUAAAUACAUCAAGUGUGUGUGAAUAAAUUUUUUAAUAUUUUAACACUAUUUAGAACGAAUUUCAUACCAAGAUAAUAUAACUUAGUUCAGUUGAUAUGUGUUCACAAGAGAGCAAAUUAAAAUCAUUAAGGCAGUUUUAACCAGCAUGGUUUUGUCUUUUCGAUACCAGUGCAACGUUACCUAUUUUGUAAAGCCUUCGAACUCUGACUUAGAAGUAACUGUAUUCCUGCAAUGUUGUUCACAGCCUUAAGAAAAAGUACAGAAAGUCUUGCAUUGUUAUAUAGGAAAAAGAUAUUUCCCUUUUUAGGGUACUGGUCAGCCUACACAGAUAGAAUUUAGUACAAUAGGUAAUUUGAAGCAAAUUCUGUGAAUUUCACUGAUUCUGGUUGCAAUAUUGAGGAACUUCACGGCGCAGAUUUUCUAGCAACAUUGUCCAGUAGGUAUUAACCACUUAAAUGUUCUGGAAAAAGAAGGUGAUAGAAACGUCCACAGAAUGUUCUUUCUCUUGGUGCUUCGAUUCCGAGAUUUUUCGAGUGAACUGAGUAACUAAAGGCCUUAUUUUGCUUAAACUUCAAUACAUUUACUAUGUGUUCAAUAUAAUGAACAACACUGUCACAUGCUUUGUAAGUUAUGUUGCUGUUCUUUAAAUCUUGGCAGCAGUUUCUUUUCCUUUGUACGAUGCUGCAAAACAUAGUGUCGUAUAUUAUUGCCUUACGCUUAGACGUUUAAAUAUUCCAUACAGUAAGACUUAGCAAACAUAAUAGUGCAGCAUUUUCUUGAGUCCUAGAUCCAUGUGUAUUAUGGAAUUAAGUACUCGAAAUACUAGGAUCAAAUAGCUAGAUCUCUUAAAUAUUUGUAAAAAAAUUGUGGAAUGGAGAUAUCUAAUGUAAAUAUAUGAGUGAAGCUUAGCAAGUGUAACUAAAUAAUGUUCUUUAGCAAAACCUUGCAAGAAGUGAUUAACUAUUUAAAGCUUGUUGAAAAGAAGGAAAACUUGUAUUUUUGGAUAAAUCACAUGUGAUAUGAAAGACGUGAUGAUUGUUUUGGCCAAAAGGGCAAUUUUACAGCACAUUACUAUAGGUUAGUUGAAUUAUCACAAUUUUUCAUUGAAUUCCAUUACAGAUUUUUGCUUUUAUUUAUGUAUAGGAAUUCAGUUUGAACCAAAAUAAAUAAUCACUUGCAUAUUUAAAUAUGACAAAUGAAAUAUAUUUGUAACUUUGUAUUUUUUCCUGAGAAAAUCAUAUCAGAUAUCAAAACUUAUCCAUAAGCAAUUAGAAGUAGUUUCCAUUUACAUAAAGGGACUACGCAAGACAACUUUAGAAAUUAAAACUCCUGGUUCUAAAUAUACUUGUCAAAUUAGCUUACACCAUUCAUUUUGUAAAUGCUUUUGAAUUUCUCUCUCAUUUUUUAAUAUAUACACAUAUAAAACCCAUAGAAAUCGAACAUAUUUUGCAUAAUAAAUGUAAAUCAUUAAAAAGUUGAAACUGCUUA